AUGGUCAAUGCUGUGAUUGUCUACGCUACGUCGGUAGACUGGCUCACCAAGCUCCGCGCUGCCGCGGCGGCCGCCGCCACCACCGCCUCCCCUUUCGGUAUUACCAACGGAGCUUCGGCCGCGCCUUCGGGAGGACGCACGCCGCUUAUACGUCUAGCAAGGGAGGCCGGGGGGCAUCUGUUGGAGGCGAUCUCGCUGGCGCAGGCGGCGGUAGAGGUAGCGGCGACGGUCGCCGCCGCGGAGGCUAGAACGAAUCGGGCCGCGAAUGGCGCGGGGGCUGGAUCGGCGGCGGUGGGGGAUGACGGAAUGCGCGCAAGAGAGGGCUGGGCGAGGGCGGAGCUGUCAAAGCUGUGCUUAACGGGGGUGGCACCGGACUACGUGAGAUGCUGUAGGAGUCGACGUGCAAAAUAUGGAAAGCUUCAGCCCCACUCAACCCAAUUCUACGUUUACUCGCUGCCAUCCCCUUCUCGCCCCUACGUGAAGUACCCCGCGGCCGCGAUUGAGCACCUCCGCGUGGCGCGCGAGAUACACCCGCUGGACCAGGCCCCGGUGGAAUACGUCACUUCGACUUGCCUCCUGGCGAAGGCUUUUCAUUUGACGGGGGAGCCCGAGAGGAGUAUCCAGGCCUACAGCGGCACGGCCCGCUGCCUGGACCGUUGUCGGGAAGAGAUGGUGGCCGCCUCGAAGGCGAUGCGGGACGGCGGUGGGAUGGCCUCGGAGCCGAGCUUGCGCACGUUCGGCAAGGCUGGAACGGGCAGCGUAGCGUCGGGGUUGGGAGCGGCAGCUCGCCCCUCCACGAAGCACAAGCGCGUGGUGGAGUGGACGUGGGUCCCGGACCAAGACGGAACGCCGGACAACCCGAUCGUAAAACCCUCGCCCGCAGAGGCCGGAAGCGCGACGACGACCUCUGCCACCGACGGCAGAGACAACGCCACGGUCCCCGAAAACGUGAACGAGGCGUACCGAGCGGAAAGCUUGGCCCGUUGGAAGCCCGCGCAACUGAAGGAGCUCCUAACCGAUCUACGCUUGGACGCGUCCGGCAGCGUGGAAAAGCGUGACAUAGUCGACAAGAUCAUGCGGCAUCCCGGCGGCCCGGCGGCGGCGGCUGCCGCGGCAAUCGCCCGCGGCGAAACGCUGGCCGGUGCGGCUCCUAGUGUUCGGUCAACGGGGGAAGAGGGUGGAAGUGAAGCUGGUGGCCUUGAAUCUGGUGGUGUUGGGGACGGCGAUGUGGCUACGGGCAAGACCGCGGUUGUUGGUACCACUGCCGACGGCGAGGAGCAGGACGGCUUCGUCGGCAUGACUCUCGCGGACUACAUGGGCAGGCCUACGGAAGAAAAAAGUAACGACCGCUACCACGACAAUGGAGGAGGAAAUGGAGCCGGCAGACCCAGUGGUCCGCGAGGGCGGCCUACCGGUGGCGGUGACGGCGCCGCUCGAGGGGGCAAUCGAAUUGAUCCGCACGCGGCUGCUCCUUCGGUAUCCGGGUCUACGGGAAGCGGGGGCCGAGGGGAUGUCUCGUCGGCGGCGUCAGGGAGGGGGGGCAGGGUGGUACGGUUGGCGCCGGCUCACAUCGCGCCGCCGUCUAGGCCGGCACCCGAGUGGGUCGUGGACAUGCAGAGGGACAAAGUUUCAGCACUGCAGCGCAAGGUGGUUAUCAAUCGUCCCUUUCCGUUCUCGGGGGUCACUAGCCCCGCCGCCGCCGCCGCCGCCGCCGCCGCACGAUCGGAGAAUAAGAAACGUCGAAACCGCCGCCGCCGCAGUAGCGACGGCAGCGGUGGCGGCCGUUCCGACGACGAGGACGACGACGGAAUUGUUCGAGCCCAAUCACACGCGCUUCAGGCGUUCAGGUUCCUCUGUCGAUCCGGCCAGCUUUUUCUGGCGGAGCAGCUGGCGAUUUCGGGAGUCUGGGAUGCCGGGACAACUGGACCCACCAACGAAAACGGUCUAAUCACCACCAGUCCGCGGGGCCUGACCAGCACAAGCGCCAACCGUGGAGGUGGAGCAAGGAGCGAAGGCCUCCGAACCGCUUGGAUGGCAACGAGACUCAAGCCUGCAGCAAGGACGGCGUUGGCGGAGAGGCGGGAGAGGGUUAGGCAGGCCCUGGAAGACGCCCGACGGUUCGCCGGGGCACGAGGGGCGAUAUUUCUCCUGCCGCGGGUUGGCGUCGAGACCGCCGAAGCGGCGUCGACGGAGUGGGACCUCCGAGCGGUGCCGUCGCAACGCGAGGUCAUCAAACAACUGCGGAGCUUUGAAAAGUGGUUGGUUCGCAGCGGGGUUUGGUCCGCCCAGCCGUUGCUGGCGUUGCUGACGACUUGCGGCACGGCCGCCCCGCGAGGACUGAAGGCGGGGACGGGGGCGGACGGUUCAGGCGCCUCCACCGCCAAACCCUCCUCAGACAGGGAGUUUGUCGCCCCGUCGGAGUACCCCACUGAGGAGACUCUUGCCGAGAUGGUCGACCCUUACGAGGCCCUCGUCUGCUGGUUCUAUCUGCCGGACGGCGGCAGCAGCGACGUCGGUGGAGGUGCGACCGAUGGUGCUGGCGGCGGUAAUGGCGAUGGCGGUGGAGGUGGCCAUAGCGGAUUCGGCCAGGAGGUCGCAUGCUUCGUGGCAUACCACGACGAAGGAAAACGACGGCCAAGCGACGACCACGGCGCAAAGAACGGCCUGGGAGGAAAGAGCACGAAAGCAGUGACCGAUCUCGAAGCCAAGCGAGCAGCGAUCGCGGCGAGAGCACGUGGUCGGCGACAGCAAGGCGAGGAUGCCGAAGGCGGGUCUCAGUAUUCGGACUCGUCGAUAUCGACCGGUAGCGGCAGCGACGGCGGAACCAGCGGCGGAGGUGGAAGCGACGAUGAACUAGACGCCGAGGACUUUGAGCCGGGGGCGCUGCGCGUGCGAGUGAUCUUGGCGAGCCCCGGCACGACCCUGCAGCUUCGGAAGGCGACCGAUGCGUUCUUGAAGACCCUCCGGAACCGCAACCCUGUGAGCAUGUUCGACAUUGUUGGUUUCGUCGACCUUGAUGCACGACGGAAAAAAAAACCUUGA